CCCCCCCCCAAACCCGGGCAGGCACCUGCCGCCCCACGUGCGCGGGGACCCGCCCGCGAGCACUCGUUAGGGCGGGGCGGGGGCGCGCGGCAUGGCGGAGAGCGGCGCGUGGCUGCUGGUGCUGAGCGCCGUCUGCCUCUGCAACGCCCUCAAGAUCCUCCUGCCCUCCUGCUCCGCCAUCAUAUCCAGAUUAUUACAAAAGGAUGCAGAGCAGGAAUCCCAAAUGAGAGCCGAGAUUCACAACAUGAAGCAAGAACUCUCAACCAUUAGUAUGAUGGAUGAGUUUGCUAGAUAUGCCCGUCUGGAAAGAAAGAUUAACAAAAUGACUGACAAGCUUAAAACCCAUGUGAAAGCACGAACUGCCCAAUUAGCCAAAAUAAAGUGGGUUAUAAAUAUUGUGUUCUACAUCUUACAAGCUGCCUUGAUGAUCUCUCUGAUUUGGAAGUACUAUUCUGAACCAGUUACAGUGCUUCCAAGCAAGUGGCUUGCUCCACUGGAGCGCUUGGUAGCCUUUCCUACAGGGGUGGCAGGUGGUGUUGGAAUUACUUGUUGGCUUGUGGUUUGUAAUAAAGUUGUAGCUAUCAUGCUACAUCCUUUCAGCUGAAGGAAUCCCAGUAAUCCAUGGAGACCUCAACUACAUUUUCAUGAUCACCGUUUUAAGUGAAUUUAAAAAAAAAAAAAAAAAAAAAAGGAACAGUUGUCUUUCAUGAGACUAGGUCUGAGAUAAUCUUUGCUACUUCAUUUGGAUGUCAGUUAAUAUUCCUUCAGAUUUAUUUUAUCUUUCCUUUGUUUUCCAGUUUGGUGGUCAGUUUUCAAAGAAUAGCAUUGCUAUUUAUAGAACCUCAUGUCUAUUUUGACCAACAUGAACACUGAUUGAUGGGAGAACCAUGUCAUGGUAUAUAUUCAUCAGAAUGUAAAAGUGUUUGAUUUGUAUUUUUAAGUUGGAAGAUGGGGGAGAUUUGCAGUUUCUUUGCUGUAUGACAGUUUCACCCAAAGGUGGGAUUGUAUUCGGUGGCAAGCGGUACUAGAGGACACAUUUGCAGAAUCAUGCCUUAAGAGACUCGCUCAGUUGUUAAAUACAGAUGGCUGGCUAGUUUUUCCUCUCUGACUUUUAAAACUCAUUGAACACUUGAUUUUUUUCCUCCUUUUAUUGAUAGCUGACGUUUUUUUUCUGCUUCCCAAGUGAGGAUCACUCAAACAAUUUCCUUCCGUGUUUGGGAGGAAAGGUCUGGUCAGCCUUCUCAAGCUCCGUGUUAAGAAAGUAGAAGAUAGUGCAGUUCCUUCAGGGUACUACAUUUCCAAGGGCUUUAGCAUACAUUGAUGGCAGUCCAGGAAAGCCUGAAACUGCUGUAUAAAUGUAAAAAGGCAAGUUAGUGAUUGAAAUGUCUGAAAGGCAGCAAGCAGAAGGAGGAGGGAAAAUAAUUUUCUGUUUUGGAGUAAAGCUUUCUCGCUGUAUUUGGAUACAGGAAACAGCCCCAAUAUUUUGAAUUUAAAGGCAGGCAGAAUUCUUCCUAAUACCAUGUCUGUAGCAUAGCAACAAAGCUGCAUUAUCUUCCAUGCCACAGUGGUGUCUGCAACCCUGGCAUUGCUGUCCUGUAAAAUGCAUGGGUGGUUUAUAAAGUUCUUUUUCCAAACUUCCUUCUUUUCUUUUUUUUUUUUAAUAUGAGCCGGAGCAAAGCUCUAGAGGACACCUUUCCCUCUUCUGCUGGGCUUUGACAAUUCUGGUUCAGCUUCCUUCUGUGUACAGUGGAAUGCAUCUGGUAUGUUAUUUCAGGUCCUUUGCCUUCCUGCAGGAAGGAAGGGGUUAGGGGCCCUCCAUAAUUAGCACUGCAUUUAGAAACUAGUUCAAAAGGUCAUGAGACAUUGUGUGUAUGUGUGCAUGAAUCGCUUGGGGUUUUUUUAAUGUUAAUUUUUUUUAAAAAUUGUUUUGGGAUUAUGUUUAGCCAAUACGAAAAAAAAAUGUGAUUGAAUGUUAUGUAUCAGUGUUUUUAUUAAUGAAAUAAAGCCUUUCAACCCA